AUGCUUCGUCGCACUGCUAUCGUCACCGGCUCCGCUCGCGGAAUCGGCAAAGCCAUCGCCCAGCGCCUCGUCCAAGAUGGCUACUCCGUCUGCGUCAACGACAUUCCCUCCUCAGCGACCGAAAUCCACUCCGUCGUCGACGAACUCAACAACCUCCCUCAUCCUCCUCCUACCACUACCACUACGCAGACCUCCACGCCACCUCCAUCUCCCCGCCCCCGAGCCAUCGGCAUCCCCGCCGACGUAACCUCCCCCGACGCCGUAUCGACCCUCAUCCAAGAAACCGUCCACCAACUCGGCCCCCUCACACUCAUGAUCGCCAACGCCGGGAUCGCCCAAGUGAAACCCCUUCUCUCCUGCACGCCCGCCGACAUCGACCGCGUCUUCUCCGUCAACUUCACCGGCGUGUUUAACUGCUACGUCGCCGCCGCCCGCCAGAUGAUCGCACAGGGCGAUCCCCACGCCGCGGCCGGUGUAGGGGUGUAUAAGAUCCUCGGCGCGGCGUCCAUCGUCGCGCAUAAACCCUUCGCGACGCUGGGGAUUUACUCCGCGAGUAAGUUCGCCGUGCGUGGCUUGACGCAGGCGUUUGCGAUGGAGAUGGCGGGCCAUCAGAUCACGGUGAAUGCGUAUGCGCCGGGCAUCGUGGAUACGAAUAUGUGGGAGGAGAUCGAUGCCGGACUAGGUGCGAUCCAGGGCCGGGGGAAGGGCGAGAGUUUGAGGCUGUAUUCGGAUCGGAAUGUUGCGUUGGGGCGGACGAGUCGGCCGGAGGAUGUGGCUGGGCUGGUGGGUGGGUUUUUGGCGAGCGAGGAUUCGGAUUAUGUGACGGGGCAGACGAUGGUGGUGGAUGGGGGGGUGGUUUUUACUUAG